GCGGCGGGUCGGCGGCGUGCGGCGAGGGAACGGCUGCGGGCGUGCGGAGCUCGGUGCUGCUGGGCCGCCGAGCCGCGUCCCGGGGACAGGCACCAUGGCGCUCCGGGUCACCAGGAACACGAAGAUGAAUGUGGAAAGCAAGGUCAAGGCCACGGCGGCGGGCGCCAAGCGAGUGCCCGUGCCCGUGCCCGCCGCCAAGCCCGGGCUGCGGCCGCGCACGGCGCUGGGCGACAUCGGCAACAAGGGCAGCGAGCUCGUGCAGGCCCGGGGGCCGCUCAAGAAGGAAGUAAAGCCUUCAGCGAGUGGGAAAGUGGUGGUGAAGAAGUUACCGAAAAAGGCCCCGGCGAGCGCGCCCGAGGCCCAGCCGGAGCCGGAGCCGGAGCCGGAGCUGCGGCCUGGGCCAGGGCCUGAGCCACGGCCCGAGCCCGAGCCCGAGCCCAUCAAGGAGGAAAAGCUCUCGCCUGAACCUAUUCUGGUGGACACGCCCUCUCCAAGCCCGAUGGAAACCUCUGGCUGUGCUCCGGCAGAAGAAUAUUUGUGCCAGGCAUUCUCUGAUGUAAUUCUCGCAGUGAGUGAUGUGGAUGCAGAAGAUGGGGCCGAUCCAAAUCUUUGCAGUGAAUAUGUGAAAGACAUUUAUGCUUACCUGAGACAACUUGAGGAAGAGCAGUCUGUCAGACCAAAGUACCUGCUAGGUCGGGAAGUCACUGGAAACAUGAGAGCCAUCCUAAUCGACUGGCUAGUGCAGGUUCAGACGAAGUUCCGGUUGCUGCAGGAGACCAUGUACAUGACUGUUUCCAUUAUUGAUAGGUUCAUGCAGAAUAACUGUGUGCCCAAGAAAAUGCUGCAGCUGGUUGGUGUCACUGCCAUGUUUAUUGCAAGCAAAUAUGAAGAAAUGUAUCCUCCAGAAAUCGGUGACUUUGCUUUUGUGACUAACAACACUUACAGUAAGCACCAAAUCAGACAGAUGGAAAUGAAGAUUCUAAGAGCUUUGAACUUUGGUCUGGGCCGCCCUCUACCCCUGCACUUCCUUCGGAGAGCAUCAAAAAUUGGAGAGGUUGAUGUUGAACAGCAUACGUUGGCCAAAUACCUGAUGGAACUGACUAUGUUGGACUACGAAAUGGUGCACUUUCCUCCUUCUCAAAUUGCAGCAGGAGCUUUUUGCUUAGCACUGAAAAUUCUUGAUAAUGGUGAAUGGACACCAACUCUACAGCAUUACCUGACUUACACUGAGGACUCUCUUCUUCCUGUGAUGCAGCACCUGGCUAAGAAUAUAGUCAUGGUGAAUCAGGGACUUACAAAGCACAUGACUAUCAAGAAUAAGUAUGCUACAUCUAGGCAUGCUAACAUCAGCAUUCUGCCACAGCUGAAUUCUGCACUAGUACAAGACUUAGCCAAGGCUGUGACAAAGGCGUAGCUUGUAAACUUGGGUUGGAGUACUGUAAUGAUAGCUGCAAAUAAAAUUGGCACCAUGUGCCACUUGUACAUACUAUGCUACAUACAUUUACUUGGUUUUUAAUGAAGGUUGUGGUCAUUUUUACUUUUAAUAGCCUAACUCAUCUGAAUGUGGUUACUUCUUAUUCUGAAAUAACCUGUAAGUCAUAAUAAAAGUCAUAAUUUUUCUUAAUCUUUUUGUUUUUAAGCUGCUUUCAGGUUACCAGGAACUCCAACUAAUGUAUCUAAGGGUCACUUACAUGUUUAUAUACUUGGCUAUUGUUAAUGUACCCGGAUUUUACUUUUAAUAUGGUAAAUAUACAUAAAGCCGACACUUCCAUAGGUCAUCACUGCACGUGAGCUAAGUCAUUUUGGAGAACUUCUUCUGUUUUUCAGUCAGCGCCCGCCACCCUAGUUACUUCAGGUGCUCUGCUUCUGUUGGCCUCACUCUCUUGACUGUCCAUCUGUUUUGACGUUCUCGUUUAAAAAUCCAGUUUUCCUUUUAUGUGUUUGUUUUUGUCUAUCGGUAUAAAACAGGAUGUUCAGAACAAACAAGUUAAUUUGCCCAACCUUUCUGAUGCGUCUUGCUCCCUACCCUCUCUAACAUCCAUAUGUAUGAGGUGCGUGGGAGAGUUUUUCAAUGGGUCCAUUCGGUACACAGUAGUAUUCCUGCCACUGUGCAAGCCUUUCUAUACUUGUUUAUACUGUAUGUGAUGUACACAGCUGUUGCCCUGUUGACUUUCAGACUACAUUUGUCUAUUGCCUACAGUACUGGAUAACUGCUUUAUCCCAUUGUUUUCUUGAUGUGAUACGUUUCCCACAGGGAGCAUAUUCAGGCAGAGUCAGUUGAGUUUCUCAGCAGUGUAUACACAGUGCUUUUCUCUGCAACUUUGUUAAAUCUAAAAGUAGUCUGUCUUAAAUCUUUGUGAAUGUAACUAGCAACAACUACUCUUGUUGUUUUAAUUUAUACUCUCACCUGUCCAUGCUAUGUUACCCCAAGUUAAAUAAAUGGUUGGUCUUAUCAAUGUGAAAGGA